AAUGCUACGAAGUGAAAGUGCUUGAAGUGCGUGUGACGUUAGGCAGAGAAUUAGCAAAAAGCCCAAAACAAACUUAGUCAAGUGAUGAGUAAUACACUCAUUUUCUUAUGUUACCAGAAGUAAACUGAAGUAAAGAACCAGCUCUGUAAGGUUUUAAUCCUCACGAGGUCCCGUCGCUGCUAGUACAAAUCUACCACAGAGUAACUCUACAGUUCCCAAGCACAACCCUUCUAACGCGCAACAAGUUCUUCCGCACAACUCGACAACGAUGAGCUAUCCACCUAGUGCCCCGGGAGGACAACCGGGAGGAUACGCUCCGUACGCGCCGUACCCGCCGGGCCCGAUCGUGGACGAUAAAGGUGGCCAACAGCCGGCCUACUCGCCGUAUCCACCGAUUCCGCAGGAAGGAGGCCCGCCCAUGGGCUAUCCACCACCCGGGCAGGCCCCCGGUUAUCCACCGGGACCACCGAUGGGGGCGUACCCACCGCCAACCUACUACUUUCAGUCUUCGCCGUACCCUCCGGCUGGCCCCGGAAUGAUGAUGUCCCCACCGGGACAGUAUGCUCCGGCUCAACCGUACGGAGCCUAUCCGCCGCCGGUUAUGGUUCAGCCGGGUGCUCCGGGAAUGGCCCCGGGUCAGCCCCAGCAGCAACAGCAGCAAGGAGGUGGCUGGAUGACUAUUCCGCAAGGAAUACCGAACUGUCCGCCCGGCUUGGAGUACCUUACGUCCAUUGACCAGCUGCUGGUGCAUCAGAAGGUCGAGCUGCUGGAGGCGUUCACCGGGUUCGAGACCGCAAACAAGUACACCGUGAAGAACACCCUCGGCCAGAAGGUGUACUGGGCGGUCGAGGACACGGACUGUUGCACCCGGAACUGCUGCGGGCCGGCUCGGCCGUUCGACAUGAAGGUGCUGGACUUUUACCAGAACGAGGUGCUGCACUUUAACCGUCCGCUGCGUUGCCAGUCGUGCUGCUUCCCGUGCUGUCUGCAGGAGCUGGAGGUUUCCGCCCCGCCCGGAAACGUCAUCGGUAUGGUCGAGCAGAACUGGUCCAUUUUUACGCCCCAGUUCAGCAUCAAGGACACCAGCGGAAACACGGUGCUCCGGAUCGAGGGACCGUUCUGUACGUUCAGCAUCUGUGGUGACGUGGAGUUCAAGGUCGUCACCAACGAUGGCAAUCAGGUGGGUAAAAUCUCCAAGCAAUGGUCUGGCAUUGCGCGGGAGAUGUUUACCGACGCAGACCACUUUGGCAUCAACUUCCCAAUGGACUUGGACGUAAGGGUGAAGGCCACACUGCUGGGAGCAUUGUUCCUCAUCGACUACAUGUUCUUCGAAAAGAAGGGCAACGCUGAACAAGAUCGACCAGGAAUGUUAUAAAUUACAACUUUGACCGAAAACAUUUCCGGUGAAAAUACCUCGAACAGAUGGAUGAUGAUUUUCAAAAUGAUAAUUCUUUAAUUGGUUAUUAGCUUCGGUUCUAAAAUCGAUAUCGGUUUUCUCUAAAGUUAAAUGCAUUUAAGUAGUAAUGCAUCACGAAGUCGUCAUCCAACUGAACCUAGUAAUUAGGUGUUUUGAUAAACUGAGAGCACAAUUCAAAUUUGACUCAAACUUUUUUUCACUGUUGGCAAACCAACGCAUUUUUUUGAAAGUUUUAUUUUAAUUCGUUCGUUACUUAUAGCAGCGCUUUGUUGUUUGUUAUGUUGCUUGAAUGCAUUGAAAUAGAAGGAUAGAAACCAACGAGUGCCAGAAACGCAAAGCAAAAGGACCUGAAUGAAGCGGCUUAAAAAGUAUAUUUAAAAGAAAGGAGAAAAAAGCAAAGAGUUCACGACGUAUAUAUUUUACGUAAUGAAAAUCUGAUUCAUCAACAAGUGGCAUCGAAGUGUAGCACAAAAUUCAAUCUCAAAUACACACUACUCCACAACAUGCAAACAGCUGUUACCGAAACAUGCACAACGUGAAUUACCAGUGUGUUGUUAUUGCAUAAAACACUACAAUUUACCAUUUAUAUAAUAACCUUAUGAAUAUGUUGUAAAACAGGCUUGGUGCGAGAAUGUAAUCGCGAUCGGACGCGCAAAAUUUUCAUCUUAUUGUACGAGUUUUGCUACACACUACUCUUAACUUCCAUUUACUCGAAGCUAGAAACAUUUUUACACCCUAAUCCACUAUUGUCUCUACCCUUGUUGUUCAUGAAAAAAGCAUAAAAGUAUAAAUGGAAUCAAUAAAUCUGUACCACAAAGCAUAAAAA